AUGGCCGACGCAACCACGCCCGAAGUCCGUACCUCGAAGCGCAAGCGGGCUCAGGUCAAGUACUACGAAGAGGAUGUCAGCGAUGAGGAUUCCGACUUCGUUGUCGAAGAAGUGGAAGAGGAAGUCAAAGUCUCACGGGCAAAGAAGCGCAAGGCUGUAUCCUCAAAGGCUCUUCCGAAGAAGAAGAUCUUCCCCUUUUUACAACUGCCAGCCGAGAUCAGGAAUGAAAUCUAUUCCCACUGCCUCCACGACCCGGCCGGCAUCUACCUGUUUUCGACUACGCAGAAGUUCCGUCGCACCGUAGACAGGGGCUCCGAGCUGAGUUUCCGCGGUCGACCUCCUCCUCUAAUCGAUGACUCUGAGGAUGAAGACGUGGACGAAGUUUCGCAACAGGACCAGCCGAGCAGCGAGUAUCGACCACUCGUCCCUGCUCUCCUCGCCGUCUGCAAACAAAUCAACAGCGAAGCCCGCGACAUCCUGUACGGCCAUGACUUCUACGUGAAAGAUACUCUAGCCCUGCACUCCUUCCUUGUCGACCUGGGUCCCCGAGCAGCCGGGUAUCUCAAGAACAUCACACUAGGAGAAUGGGGCUUCGGACGCGGCGUCCACAAAGCCUACAACCACGCCUGCUUCACAGCCCUCUCCUCUGCCACCAACCUCGAGCACUUUACUUUUCACGGCAUCCUCUCCUGGAACGAUGCCCCAAAGUCAGCUGCCACCAUCUUCUACCGGGACGCUUUCCCGUGGCUCGAAGCCGUCGGCAUUGCGAAGGGCAAGGCAGAUGCGGCGGUGAAAAUGAUCGAUGUCAUGGUGCCGGACCAGGGAGGAUCUGGAUACAGCUGGUACUUGUAUAGACGUCGUAGGGGUAUUGUGCCGAGAUCAGCGUACAAGGAGUACGAUAAGAUGGAUGGUUUCCGAGUAGAGCUGGGCAAGUUGCUGAAUGCGAGGAUGGAGAGAAUUCGGUCUUAG